CAGGUUCGUGUUCUUCCUCUCCCUUUCCAUCGUCUCUGCGACGAGCGAUCAACUGGAUCGUCUCUGGUUCCUCAUCCAUUGAUCGAUCGAUCGAUCCAUCCCUUCUUCUUCGAUCUGGAGAGAAGAGGUGGAAGAUCCGGUUGUUCGUAGCAACAGAGGAGGAGGAAGGAGGAGGAGGAAGAAGAGGAUUUGUUAUUGGUGUAGAAAAGAGGAAUGACGUAUAAGGCGGACGAGGAUUACGAUUACCUGUUCAAGGUGGUUGUGAUAGGAGACUCCGGGGUGGGGAAGACGAACCUGCUCUCUCGAUUCUCCCGCAACGAGUUCAGCACCGAGUCCAAGUCCACCAUCGGCGUCGAGUUCGCAACCCGCACCAUCAGCGUCGACGACAAGCUCGUCAAGGCGCAGAUCUGGGACACCGCCGGCCAGGAAAGAUAUCGUGCCAUUACUAGUGCUUAUUAUCGAGGAGCUGCUGGCGCCCUUAUUGUCUAUGAUGUGACUCGCCAUAUCACCUUUGAAAAUGUAGAGAGAUGGCUGAAAGAACUAAAGAAUCACACAGAUCAAAAUGUAGUCAUCAUGCUUGUGGGCAACAAGGCAGACUUGCGCCACAUUAGGUCUGUCCCUCUUGAAGACGCACAGGCCUUUGCUCAAAGAGAAAAAGCUUUCUUCGUCGAGACCUCUGCCCUUGAGGCCAUGAACGUGGAGAAUGCCUUCACUGAAGUGCUCACUCAGAUCUACCACGUGGUCAGCAAGAAGAUGCUAGACGUUGGUGACGAUCCUUCAGCCGUGCCAAAGGGACGAAAUAUUAAGAUCGGGGAGGGUGACGAUGCACAAGCCUCUAAGAAAGCGGGUUGUUGCUCAGAUGGCUGAUCCCUAGCAAUACGCUACUUGCCAUUUUCCAAUAGGCUCAAGCGGUAAGGAGAUUGGAGAAGACGGGGAGAAACUACGGAAGGAGGCGGAGGCAGAUGGCGCUUCAACAUUGAGGCUGCUACUCUCAAUCGUCAAGCUUUUUCUGGUAAACGAUCGUAGCUCUACCGCUUGGUGCUUCGUCGUCGGGAACCAUUGACGAUUGUUUCUUUCUCUGUUAAACUUUUGAUCUCCUCAAACUUGGUCUCGUCUGUCAUAGUCAGUAUGUUUCUUCAAUGGU